AUGGCGUCGACAUCGACUUCAGCCAACGGCGGUUCGACCAAUGCGAGCAUCGUCUCGCAGCCGGUGGUCUUCACAACGCAGACACAGUACCCGCUUCCAUAUCAAAAGUACAUGAUCCCAACGACAUGGAGACGGUACCAACUAUCACAGCUCGUGAACAAGGCUCUGUCGCUCGUCAAGCCUGUUCCCUUUGAUUUUCUCAUCAAAGGAGAGAUCAUCAGGGGCUCUUUGGCUGAAUGGUGUUCUGAGCAUGGCGUCGGAGAGGAAGAAACUCUCGAGAUCGAGUAUAUCGAAUCUGUCAUGCCGCCUCAAAAAAUGUCUGAAAUCCCUCAUGAAGACUGGGUUUCAUCUGUGUCAUGCCAGUUACCACGAUACUUCCUGACAGCCUCAUACGAUGGCAACCUCCGCGCAUUCGACCUCUCCAAAAAUCUAACUGCAAGCAUACCCGCGCACCCCGCACCCAUAACCUCACUUUGUCUGGUCUCUUCCUCACUCUUAGACGAUAAUUCGCAACAAAUCGUCAUCGCCAGUGCCUCACACGAUCUCACCGCGCGUCUGACGCAAGUAGCACUAAACCCCAUGGCCAGCACAAACGAAUCAAAAGCCAUGGCCUCUCUCCACCUACAUACUGCUCCUGUCUCUUCGAUCUCAGCUAACGCCGCAGGCACCCAUGUUCUCACGGCGUCUUGGGAUGGCCUCAUUGGGUACUGGGACGCUACUGUCCCUUCGACCGACGAAGUUCCUGAGCCAGCUUUGAAUGAGAGGGAUCGCAGCAAGAAGCGGAGAAGGGUGGAAGAGGGUGAAGUCAAAGCCAAGAGGAAGGCACCUCUCUCUGUCUUCAAAUCGCACACCGCAAGGGUGUCAAAAGUGCUUUUCGCGUCAGGUGCUGGGGAGACAGCUUAUAGCUGUGGCUUUGAUUCCACAGUACGAAGAUGGGACACAGAGACAGGCGUUUGCAGUCAUACGAUUACAGCCUCAGAAAAACCGUUCCUCGACAUGGCUCUAACGCCUGAUGGCAAUAGUGCCCUAGCCACCUCCACAGACAGGAGUAUGACGCUCUACGACCUUCGCUCGUCCACCACGAUCCUCACUUCCGCGUCAAAUACUUACAUGCACCCCUCAACGCCUUCUUGCGUCGCCACGAGCGCGACAAACUCGCACCAGGUUGUUACUGGGGCGUAUGAUGGUGUUGUGAGAAUUUGGGAUCUUAGAAGUCCGAAAAGUGCGAUGGCGACUUUCAAGCCGUGGAGUGGGAGUGGUCAAAAGGUUUUGAGCGUUGACUGGAAGAGGGGAAUCGUAGGCGUUGGUGGGGAGCGUGGUUUGGAAAUGUGGAAGGUUGGGGAGGAGCAAAAGGUGUAAGUAGCAAUGCGACCCUUUGCGAAGUAAAGUUGGGCAAUCCACCUCCAUAGCAACGUUGAAUCAUGAUUGCAAUUCCUGUUAUGUGGAGCCCCCUUA